UUUAUUGUUCCCUUCACACUACUACUGGUCCCUUUGCUUUACUGUCACUUUGUCCCUACUUGGUCCCCUCGCACUACUGUUCCCUUCGCUUUACUGUUCCUUUAACCCUACUUGGUCUCUUCGCACUACUGUUUCCUUUCAACUAUUCACUCUACUUUUACCUUCAAAUAUUGGUCCCUUCACACUACAUACAAGCCCCUUCGCUCUACUGUUCGACCAACCCCUCAUAACGAAAAAUUUUGACACUACAUCUUUUUCAGAAACCUUAAAAUGACCGUAUCUUCGGAUCUACAUCGUUCAUCCAAGUCUUCUAUAGACGCCCUUCUGCUACAUAAAACAGAUUGGCGUUCCAUCUAUUUUAUUACCUCUGUUGCAAUGAUGGAUUCAAUGCGUAUUUCUACAGUUUUGUCCAACAGUUGGCCAUAUAUUUCAAGCCUUGACCCUGAGAUAACUGAAAAUUUCAAUGGAUUGGGUGUUUCUGUGUAUACUUUAGGUGAGGACUUUGUGAUUCAACCCCUCACUAAUUUGUCUACUUCACCCUAUGUUCCCUUCACCCUACUGCCACUAUGUUUCCUUCACCCUACUGUCCCCUUCACCCUACUGCGACUAUGUAUCCUACACUCGACUGUUCCUUUCGCACUACCUUUAACCCAUUCCCAUUCUUCAUUAACUAAUUAACACCUAGGAGCUGCACUUGCUUCACUUCUUUCUGGUUGGAUCAGCAACAAAUUAUCGCAUACAAGACCCCCCAUUAUGGCCGGUCAGAUAAUCGCAAUAGUCUCAACUUUACUUUAUGCCAAUUUGGAAUUGAUUCCUUACAACCGCCGCUAUGGGUGCUAUACAAACAUGGAGAGUUCAUGUAGCUAUGUCCAGUACAGAUCAUGACCGUUCCAAGGCAAACUCGAUAAUUGGCUUUUCAUUAAAUAUUGGAUUUAUUCUUGGACCUUGUAAUUUUAUAUUUAAAAAAUUUUAUCCUGAAGAUCAACAACUCUUUACCUUAUUCUUACCUUAAGACUACCACAAAUAUUCUCUUCAGACUAUGUUCUCUUCGGGCUACCCCUAAUGUUCCCUUCCGGCUAUACUUAUGUUCUCUUCGGACUAUCCCUUAUAUGUUC